CUUAUGAACAGUGUGGAUUAUCAAGAACGCUUGUGUAAUUCGACGACAACAAAGCGAACCAGAUAGUACUAACGAUAAUAUGAGUAGUAAUGUCAAUACAUUUUGUAGUGAUUUAAAUUGACAUCCAAAGUGCAUCAAAUAUCAAGCAUCUUAAAUUUCGCAGGAGUGGCUAACAAUCCGAAUGAGUGAUGGUAAUAUAUAAGGCAAAUAAAAACAUAAAAGAAAUAGUAGUGGAAAAGAAUCAUUAACAAUGGCAACUAAUAUCGUUUUACUAUGGACCGCCAUCAUUGCGCUUUCUGAUGCCGCGAUGCUUCCAACGUUACAAACCCAUUUUGGACGAAACAACUUACAAAAUUCUAAUUACCAAAAUGACUACGCCGUUCAAGAUCGACCAAACGGAGAUCAAAAGGUGCAGGGUGUGGUCCGAUCAGAGGAUGCUGUAAGAUCAUCAGUUCAAUCUUAUAAUAGCCCAGUACCUUCCGAAAAUUACGGCACGAACGCCCCAGUGGAGAACGCCUUCGUAGGACGCAAUGAGCAAACAGUCGCUUCCGUUGCUCCCAUUGAGUUCGUUAACUACAAACAUCCGGAGUACGUUGACUACUCAUCUUAUUUAUAUCCUUUAUAUCCAGCAACGUAUUACACUGACUACUAUUGAUUUUAGUAAUUAUUGUUGUCGAUUGUUUAAGCGCAACUUCAUGUUUUGUAAUUGCUUAUAUAGGUAGUAAACACAUGGAACAUUU